AGAUUUUUGUUUACAAAAACUCAUGAUUUCAUCCAAUAACAUGUUUUUUUAGUUAAGAUUAUUCAUUUUUUUUUCCAAUAGUCGAUAAAUCUCUCUAUGUAAUUCAUCGAUUUGGAAUUUUUCUAAAACAUGACACCACCUCUCUCCAAAAUUCCAUAACCACUUCUCCAAAUAAAUAUUCCUCAACAAGAUCAAAUCUUAAUUGUCUCUUCAAAUUAUACACUUAGCUUCUAUCUGCAGCUAGCCUCGCUCCAACAAUGGAGAACAAGCAGCAGCAGCAACUUCCCACGGAGUUGUUCUGGGGUAGUCAUCACGAGAUUUUCCAAAUAGAAGGAUUCUGGUACCAUGCCCGGCAUAAGGAAUCCAUAGCCGCCUUCAGGUCCGAAUUCGAGCCGCAAAACGACGACAUUCUCUUGACAUCUUUCAUCAAAACAGGAACAACCUGGCUCAAAGCUCUCUGCUACAACAUCCUCGACGAAGAAGAAAACGACGACGUUCUGGCGAAAAAGAACCCCCACGACGUCGUUCCCACGAUCGAGAUUGCUUUCCUCCAGGACCAAGUCCAACACAUGUUGCUCAAUUCCCCUCCGGGUCGCAGCCGGCUGCUCCACGCUCAUCUCCCCUACAGUUACCUGCCGGAGAAGGUGAGGAGCUCGCCGCCGGGAUGCAAGCUCGUGCACGUGGCGCGAAACCCCAAGGACACGCUGGUGUCGAUGUGGCAUUUCUACAACAAGAACGUGAAGGUCUACCCAGAUGGCCCGUUCCCACUGGAGAGAGCGGUGGAGAUCUUCUGCAACGGGGUCGUGCCCUGGGGCCCGUUUUACGAGCACGUGGUGGAAUACUGGGAAGAGAGCCAGAGGCGACCGGAGAAGGUGUUGUUUCUCAAGUACGAGGACCUGUGCAGAAACCCGGAGGAGCAACUGAGGAAGUUGGCCUCGUUUCUUGGUCGGGAAUCGGAUUUCGAUGUGGAGAAGGUACUGUGGCGGAGCAGUUUGAACAGGCUUAAGGAGUUGGAGGUUAACAAGAACGGUGCCCGUAAAGAUGCCCCGUACAUUCCCAAUUCCAUCCUUUUCAGGACAGGAACCGUCGGAGACUGGAAGAACUACUUGACUUCCGAUAUGGCUCGACGUAUUGAUAGCCUCACGCGAAUUAAGCUGCAGGGGACUGGACUUUCUUUUGACGACGAGUAGCUUUGUGUGUGGUACGAAAGGGAGAUUGGUUCCUUCUGUAUCAAAAAUUUUCUCAGUUUGAAAGUUUGUCCUUGUGUGAAUAAGGGCAUGUGGGACUAAUCUCUUGUUAGUCUCUCUUCUUGGCCCUCUGUGUGAACAAAAAUAUUAUGGGAAUAUAAUCAUCGGUACAAAUUUGGGAUUGGUAGCUUUCAAAAUCUAAAGAAAAUAGUCUUUCAAAAAAAUUGUCCAUAAAUUACGCAAAUGUCAUCUGGAAAAAAUUUGCCUAAAUCUAAGAUUAAUAGACUUAUCAUUGGUGGAGAGUAAUCUGAGGCCGAAUAUGUGAUUUGUAGUUUUAAAAAUCUAAGAAAAAUGAAAUUAAAAAAAAAAUUGCACGAAAAUUAUGAUAAUGUCCUCCGAAAAAAUCAGACCAAAUCGGCGAUUAAUAAACUUCAUCAUUGGUGGAGAGUAGGCUAAGGUCGAAUCAAGGAUCUGUAACUUUCGAAAUCCAAUUAAAAUGACCUUUCAAAAAAAUCACCUGAAAUCUGUGAUGAUACCCUUUUGGAAUCUGCCAAAAAUGGCUCUGGAUUUUUUUUUGCCCAAAUCGGUGUUUAAUGGAUUUAUUCAUCGCUAAAGAAUAGCCUCAGGCUGAAUCCGUGAUAUGUAGCCUUCAAAAUCUAAGGAAAAUGGUUUUUAGAAUAAAAGCACACAAAAAUUACGAUAAUGUUGUACAAAAAAAAUUUCACCCAAUUCGGCGAUUAAUAGACUUAAUCUUUGGUGGGGAGUAGACUAAGACCGAAUACGUGAUUUGUAGUCUUCAAAGUCCUAGCAAAAUGGUCAUUAGAAAAUUGUCUGAAAUCUAUGAUGGUUACUCUUUGCAAUCUACAAAAAAAAAAUGACUCCUGAAAAAUUACGCACAAAACGGUGUUCAAUAGACUUAAUCAUCGCUAAAGAAUAAUUUUGGAUAAAAUUCGUAAUGUACUAAUGUGUAGUCUUGAAAAUCUAAGUAAAAUAGCCUUUAGAAAAAAUCCAAGGAAUAUGCCACACAUUACUGAACUGUUCAUCAAACAACUUGUGUUGCUUCUUCUGAACAAAACUUUGUUGAGUUGAGCACACGCAUCAUUGUUUUGGGAAGGGAAAGAGACCCCUACAUUAAUAAAUCUUGCUCAACUACCGAUUGCAACGCCUCAACUAUUACCAAAAAAUAAAAAAUCAUUAAGCAUGUUUAAUGAACUUUUAUGAUUAAUGUCAACACUUUUUUGUUGUUGUUAUUUAACAGAUACCACAAACUCAGUGAAAGUCAUAGAAGAGCAUUAAAAUUAAAAUUGCUCAGUGGGUUUGGUCACCUAAUAUCCGGCCGGUUCACAAUUCAAUGGGUCGAUUACCAUGGGUCACUCCCUAAAUAAUUUGUAAUAUUCAUGUUUGGGAAAGAGACCCCUAGAUUAAUAAAAUCUGCCUCAACCACCGAUUGCAACCCCUCAAUUAUUACACAAAAUAAUAUCAUUACGCCUUUUAAUUAACUUUUAUUUAUGAUUGGCAACCCAUUUUUUGUUAUUUAACGGAUACCAUACAACCAAAACGCUACAGGAAAGUCAAACUCAAUGAAAUAAGUAAAAUAACAUAAAAAUUAAAAUACAGUGACAACAUUAUUAUCUUAAUUCUUAAUUAGCAUCCAUAAAAGAAAUCAAAGUGGUAGUGUUAGCGCCGAAGUCACCCGAAAAACGUUUGAAUCUAGUAAUUUUUCUAUGGCAAAUACAAUAUAAUAGUCAAAAUUUUCAUUCAAACAAAAUAACAUUUAAAGCUUAUCGAAAUCAAUUUAAUAGUGAAAUCGUUAACUUUCUCUCCGGCCAACUAUUAGUUGACUCUGAUGUAACAAAGUGACUAUGAGCUGGAUGGUUUUUUUGCUGCAAGUAAUAAAAAUUUAAUUUCUUA